AUGCCGCGCAUCUACUUGGCUCUUAUACUUGGCAUGCUGGUACUUCUGGAGCUCGGCAUGGCGCAGAAUGAUACAGAGCCCAUCGUGCUGGAGGGGAAAUGUCUGGUGGUGUGCGACUCGAACCCGGCUACUGAUGCCCGAGGCUCUUCGUCUCCGCUUGGCAUUUCGGUGCGCGCCGCCAACUCCAAGGUGGCAUUCUCAGCCGUGAGGAGCAACAACCACGAACCCUCAGAGAUGAGCAACAAAACCCGUAUCAUCUACUUCGACCAGGUUCUUGUAAACAUUGGGAACUAUUUCACAUUGGACUCUGUAUUUCUGUCUCCUCGCAAAGGCAUUUACAGCUUCAACUUUCAUGUUAUUAAAGUGUACCAGAGCCAAACCAUACAGGUGAACUUGAUGCUUAAUGGAAAACCGGUCAUCUCUGCCUUCGCAGGCGACAAAGACGUAACACGGGAGGCCGCUACCAACGGCGUUCUCCUCUACCUGGACAAAGAAGACAAGGUUUAUCUAAAACUGGAGAAGGGAAACUUGGUGGGUGGGUGGCAGUACUCUACAUUCUCUGGAUUCCUCGUGUUCCCUCUGUAAAGAGGACCUGACUGCUGAUUCCUCCAUGAGCCACCAAUGUAUCGUCAUCUAACCUAACCUAACCUAACCUAACCUAACCUAAUCCGUAUGCAUUAAUAAGAACUGUCAGAACUGAAGGCAUUUCUUCAGACGCUCAUUUAAUGUCCCAAAGGUGAAAGGAACCUUUGGUAAAGUGUCAUUGUGGCAACUAGAUAUCGAGAAAAUGUGUGUUCCACUUUUUUUCACGACGCAAAUCCGCACCCAAGAACCUGCUGCAAGUCAUCGUUGCCUUCAUAUAUAUCGAACCGAAGAGUUAAGCCUCGUCACUUUCAAAGAUUUCAAAGUGGAUUUUUCGUACCAUGCGUCAAAUAGUGGAUUUGCUGAUGUCUGUAGGUGUUGUUUGUAGCUGUUCAUCCAUUAAAUGUUUGAUAUUGUAAAAUAUAAAUCAUUUUCUUGGAAGGGUGUCUCUUUGUGAUGUUGGCACAUUAAAGGGAGCUCUGUUGGAAAAUG